UAGAUUCUCGUUGUUUUCUGUGUGUAGAGGCGGGACCAUUGGACAGGUACUCUAGGUGCACUUCAUACUAGUUCGCAUAAUAAAAUAAAAAGGCCCCCCGAAGCCCCAGUCGACAGCUCCGAAAAGCCAUUGGCAAGGGAUAAAUCCCCCCCGACGAGUCCAAAACCGACAAAUAAAGCGUAAUAGUACAAGUGUUGAAAUAAUAUACGAGAGUGCGAGGAAUAUGGUGACGCUCAUAUUUACGGAGCAUUGUAAAAACAUGAGACGAGUCGAUUAGCGAUAUCAUUUCGCCCAAGCGUAUGUCCGAGGGGUCGAGUUAUGCCGAUCGAGGCAGUCCAGCCUACAUAAAAAAGCCAACAACCCGUCCUGAGGAGUCCAAAAAAUUCUGAAAGAGAAAAACCGAAGUAUUACCAGCGAAAAAUGGGAGCCUUCUUAGACACCCCAAACACCGAGAAAUACAAUGAGCACGGUUCUGGCAAUGACUUGCGUUACGGUGUGGCAAGCAUGCAGGGCUGGCGAAUGGAGAUGGAGGACGCACACCGUGCGAUAACAGGUCUAGAGGGUGGCCUCUCAGACUGGAGUUACUUUGCUGUAUUCGAUGGUCACGCAGGGGCACUAGUGUCAGCCCACAGUGCCGAGCAUUUACUCGAGUCCAUAAUGCAAACAGAGGAAUUCAAGGCUGAGGAUGUAAUAAAGGGAAUUCACUCGGGCUUUCUGAGACUAGAUCACGAAAUGCGUGAUUUGCCCCAGAUUAACGUUGAAAAGUCCGGCUCCACAGCUGUCUGUGCAUUUAUAUCACCUAAGCACAUUUACAUUGCUAAUUGCGGUGACUCAAGGGCUGUCCUCUGCAGCUCUGGGAAUCCAGUGUUCGCCACUAGAGAUCACAAGCCUGUACUGCCUGCUGAGAAGGAGAGGAUUCAGGCUGCUGGGGGCAGUGUCAUGGUGCAACGGGUCAAUGGGUCACUCGCUGUGUCCAGGGCACUUGGCGACUAUGAGUACAAGAAUGUCGAGGGACGAGGACCCUGCGAACAACUUGUCUCACCUGAACCCGAGAUAUUCGUCAGGGAUCGGGAUGCACAGCACGACGAGUUCCUCGUUCUUGCGUGCGAUGGCAUUUGGGAUGUUAUGACCAAUGAGGAUCUCUGUGAUUUUAUUUACUCCAGACUACUGCUCACCGAUGAUUUAGAGGCUGUUACCAAUCAAGUUAUUGAUACUUGUCUUUACAAGGGCAGCAGAGACAAUAUGAGCAUAGUACUAGUGACAUUUCCAGCAGCACCAAAGCCAAACGCCGAGGCACAAAGGAAGGAGGCGGAAUUAGAAAAGGCUAUCGAGAGGCGAAUCAAAGAAAUUGUGGAGCAGCAAGAGGACAAGGAUGGCUUUGAUUACCUCCAGUUAGUACAGCUCCUUGUAGACCAAGAUCUGCCAAAUUUACCUCCAGGUGGUGGUCUUCCAGCAAAGCAACCCCUCAUCGAGCAAGUUUUUCGUGAAGUAUGUCCCAGCAGAGCGAAGAGCAUAUUGAUGACGCAGAUUGUCAACCCCUUCGAAAUGGAAAAGGAGAGUUCAUUUUUAGAACUGCGAGAAAAAGUUCAAAUUGCUGAGUCUAAUGAUUGAAGAUGUUUAGAUGGAGGAAAUUUGAUGACAAGUCGCUAAUCGAUUUUUCAUAGUUACUUUUUUCUUUGGAAAUCUUGUGCUUUAUAAAUCUAUUUUCACUCCCUAUUGAUUUAUUCAUUGUCUUACACGUUUUUUUGCAACUUUUAUUUUUAUUGGGUGGAAAAUAAAACAGAUGGAAAGGAAAAAUAAUGGAAUCGAGAGUUUUUAGACGUAAAAUGUAGAUUUAUUUUGUUUUCUCUCAUUGCAAAAUCAUUGUUUCAUAUUAAACAUUGAAUUUAACGGUUUUAAUGCGUCGCUAUUGAUGUGAAUUAAAGUAAUGGAGUAGUGGUGUCCCAUUGGAUACAGAUGAUAUACAGAAUAUUUUGUGUACGUUAAAGAAAACCUAUUUACUUAUAAAAAAUGAAUGAAAUGAAAAAAAAAUCACGAUCGAUUGAUCGCUGGUGUUGUUGUACAUAAUGUGUAUAAUAAUUGAUUAAAGCAAGAUCUUUUUUGCAGUA